UCUGUCAGAUUAAUUCCAGCCUUCGACUGGGUCGGAGUUACAUUGUUUGUGUAGUAACCGAGUCGCGAGCAAAGCCUGUGUUCUGUGUUUUUGUCUCGACUGUAGUGUGUGGUGUUGCCACUGUGGUUUGUACGGCGAUAGAACGAAUCGAAUCGCGCGCGCGACUCAUCGGAACCGGAGUCAAUGUGUUGUGAAAUGCUUCCGCCGAUUAUCGUGAUAGCGUCGCUGCAUUUAUGUCGACUGUGAGUCGAAACUAUCAAACGCUCAACUGGUGUAGUUAGCAUUGUAGAACAUCAGCAUGUGCUAGUGUAGUGGUUGUUAUCAAUAUCACCGGCUUGAGUGGAUUUCCGUAUGAAAGAAAAACUCCACUGAGUCGAUCUAGUGUGCCCGUUGAUAGUGAGUGUGCUCGAUGAAACUAUGUGAUAAGAAGUGCCAAACAAAUUACCGAAAAUAAUCAAAAGUUAGUGUUAGAUUCAUUUUCUUCUCAUAUCAGGAGAAAAGCACAAAAAGUGUUAAGUGGCGAUACCUGAAGUUUGGAUAAUCAACAAAUAAACAACUAAGGAGCGCUUCCAGCAUGACUCUACCGGAACUGCUGAAUCCAACCCCUCAAGUGGUUGACCAGUUGCGGCAGUCUUUCCGACAGAAGAUGGAGAAGGAUGCUGACAAAAUACCACCCGGUGGAUUCCACAAAAACGACCUUAACAAAAUCUUCAUGAACGACGUGUGGUUAGUCAAAUUCCUGGAAAAUAACGAUCUCGACCUAAAGGAAUCCCUGAAGCAACUGUGGGACACCUGUGUGUGGCGAAAGACAACUAAAGUAAACGAUAUCAGUGAGGAUAACGUCCGGAUGGAAUAUAUCCACGAUGGUAUCAUGUUUCCGCGGGGGAAGGACCUCGACGGAAAAACCAUAUUCAUAUUCCGCUCAAGAUUGUACACGCGAGGUUCCCGAGACCUGGACGAUAUGAAACGCAUGUUCCUGUACUGGCUUGAACGGAUGAUCCGUGAGGCGAACGACGAUUACAUUACCAUUCUGUUCGAACUCACCGAUGCGGGCUUAAGUAAUGUGGAUAUGAACUACAUUCAGCAUAUAAUCACCAUACUGAAAAAUUAUUACCCGCUAUCGUUGAACUACAUUCUAGUGUACGACUUACCCUGGAUUCUUAAUGCCACAUUUCACAUAAUUAAGAAACUUUUACCUGCAAAGGCUGUGGAUAGGUUAAAAAACAUCAGCAAUAAAACUAUCAGGGAAUACAUCGACGAGGACAAUAUGCUGCUAUUGUGGGGAGGAACUGACGACUAUGUAUUUAAAUUUGUGCCAGAACAAAAAUCGCCAAGACACGAACUAGAAAAUAACAAUUCCAUCCAUCACAGCAACAACAACAAUCACAUCAAGAAAGUCCAUUUCGCGAACGUUAGCCCGCAGGAUUCUCCGAUGAACGAAUCUCCCAGCUCCGAAAACGAAAACGGACACGGCGAGAUGCUUCGAAUAACACCGCCAAACAGAAUUGUAUUUACAAAGUCCGGUAACGAGCUGUCGGGAUGUGUGGAGAUUGAAAAUAUCGAUAACAAACCCGUAACUUAUAAGAUCAAAACCACAGCCCCGGAGAAGUUCCGGGUGCGGCCCAGCACCGGAGUACUUUCGCCGGGUGCCGACGUCAUGGUGAAUGUAGUUCUCCAGCAAGGCCAACAGAUGAACACUUUGAAUCGGGAGAAAUUUCUGGUGAUGUGUAUGGGAUUGGGUAGUGACAUGUCAACUAAUUCGCAAGAUCUUGCCGAACUUUGGAAGAACGUCUCGUCGAAAAACGAUUCGGUGGAACUACAUCGAUUGACUUGUUGGGUUGCGGCCAACCCAGAUGAUGGACGCCAUCACAACGGGGGUGCAGCCGGCGAUAUGUUCGGUGCCGGAUAUGCCGCCGGUGGAGCCGAUGAACAUUUAUCGCAUUUCCAACAGGUUAUUUCGCAACUCGGUGAUACGACACAUCGGUUGGAAGCACAGGUCAAGUUCAACCAAAAUCUUCAGUGGAUUUCCCUCUUGCUUGUUGUGCUGCUCUCAGUUGCCACCGUGUACAUUUUGAAGGCGGAAAUCAAGAACCUUUCGCAAUAAGUGAUGCAUGAUGUAUGUUUUGGUAUGUUUUCGAAUUUGUACAAAAUUUAUUGUUGCCUUUGAAAAUCGUUCAAAGGAACAACAGAGUAAUUUAAUUUAACUAUUUUGUUAUGAAACGUAUUAUUUAAAAGAAAUAUAUCUAAAGUACACCGCAA